AAAAAAAGAGCAAUAAAAGAAGAGGAUUUUGUUCUCAAAAUCAUAUUUUCAAUCGCCGGGAAAAAAUAUGCCACCAAAGCAAAUUCCGGCGUCAGUCGAAGUCGUCGACCUCGACAGUAGCGAUGAUGACGGAGUGGCAGCUACUACAGCGAACCGCAAACCUGCAUAUAGCGAUAAAUUGCAAGCGAAGCCACCUAGUAAGGGCGCAGCUCAGCUGGCGUCGGUGGUGAAUAAUCAGUCAAUUGAAGAUCGAAGUUUCUGGAGAGCCGGAGCUUAUGAAAUUGGCACCACCAAAUCCUCUCUAUUGCAAGGUGAUCUGGAGCAUGCGCGUGUUCAUCCCAAGUUUCUACACUCUAACGCCACCUCUCAUAAAUGGGCAUUCGGAGCUAUUGCUGAGCUAUUGGACAAUGCCGUGGAUGAGAUAGAAAAUGGUGCAACUUUUGUGAAUGUAGACCAGAUUUAUAAUUCAAAGGACAAUAGUCCCGCCUUACUCUUCCAAGAUGAUGGGGGUGGAAUGGAUCCAGAAGGAAUGCGGAAGUGCAUGAGCUUGGGUUACUCAUCAAAGACAUCUAAUACAACUAUUGGGCAAUACGGUAAUGGAUUCAAAACAAGUACCAUGCGCUUAGGAGCCGAUGUGAUUGUUUUUAGUCGUUCAAAUCGAUCCGGUCGAGCAACUCAAAGUAUUGGUCUUUUAUCCUAUACAUUUUUGCGGAGAACAGGACAAGAUGAUGUGAUUGUUCCAAUGAUUGACUUUGAUAUUUCCGACAACUGGGCUAAACCUAUAAUCUAUAGCUCUAUGGAUGAUUGGUCCAGUAACUUGAAAACCAUCCUCGAAUGGUCUCCAUUUGCUUCAAAGGAUGAUCUUAUGCAACAGUUUGGGAAUUUGGGUUCACAUGGGACAAAGGUUAUAAUAUACAACCUUUGGAUGAAUGAUGAAGGCAUUUAUGAAUUGAAUUUUGAUGAUGAUCAAGAGGAUAUAACAUUGAGAGAUGAAGCUAAGCAAGGGGGCACUGGAAACACAACCAAAACAUUCAAGAGAGUUCUUGAACUGCAAUCUCAUAUAUCAUACUGCAUUCGCUUCUCGCUAAGGGCAUAUGCAUCAAUAUUGUACCUCAAAAAGUUUACAAACUUCAGAAUAAUUUUAAGAGGGAAACCUGUUGAGCAGUUCAGCAUUGCUGAUGACUUGAAACAUGCUAUGACAGUUGUAUACAAUCCACAAGUUGUCCAGGGACUGAAAGAGGUGACUGUGAAGACUGUCAUUGGCUUCAUUAAAGAAGCUCCGGCACUUGGAGUUUGUGGAUUCAAUAUAUACCACAAAAACCGUCUAAUCAGGCCUUACUGGAAAGUCACCCCAGAUGGCAGUUCCAAAGGACAUGGUGUUGUUGGAGUUCUUGAGGCAAACUUCAUAGAACCAGCUCAUGAUAAGCAGGAUUUCGAGAGAUCAACUCUGUUCAUUAAGCUGGAGGCAAGGUUGAAACAGAUGGUUAGCGAAUACUGGAAAGGCCACUGUCACUUUCUAGGACACCAACCAGACGGCACGAGGAAGAGUAAUGAUGCUAGUGGAAACACCUACAGAACUAGUUUCAAUCACACAACGGCAACUGCUGGGAGUGAGGCGUGUGCUCAACCAGAAAACCCUCUAAAUCCUGCAGCACUCGAGGCCAUGGCCGAGGAGAACGACCAGCUAUCCAGGAGGUGUGACGAGUACAGGAAGAAGCAAGCUGAAAUGACUCGAACGAUAGAAGAACUAGAGAAGGAGUUGGAGGAAACAAGAAACAAAUGUGCUAGAGUUUCCUCUUAUUUGAGAAUUCAGAGAAUGGAAACAUAAGAUAGCAUCUCUACUCAACUUUGGACUUCAUGUAUCAUUUGCUAGGUCUGAUUAUUGACUCCUUUGCUAACCUUAGUAAUGUAUUACAUUUGAUUAGCAAUCAAUUAACUCUCUCUCUCUCUGUCUCA